GACUAUCACCACCAGCAAUAUUUACCACCUACGCUCUAUACCUGUCAUCCGCCCUUCCUAUCCGUGGGACAACUCCGCCAUUUCCCGUCGUAUUUCCCUUCAGCCUCAUACAAUGAACCAUAGGACAAGAUCGAGAUUAAGAGCAUUUCACUUUUUCCAAAAUCCUUGCGGGUAGCGGUGUGCGCCGCCCCCGUCACCUGCCUUAUCCACCUUAUCGUCGACUCGAUAGUUCCGCUCUCUCGGCUCUCUGAUACUUCGCAUUUGGAGCCGUCUUAUAGGCUCCAACCUUAUUGGAACUUUAAUCUCCUUGACUGUUUGGUCCAGAUCCUCGAGAUCAUCUGCACUGAAAAUGACCGGUACCUACCUAUUGCCCUGCCCCUUGCAUAUAAGAAUAUGUCAGCAUUCUUCUGGAACACCCCCUCUGGUUGGAAAAGCUGUGGGGAUUCAAAAUGCUGGUGCAACUAUGGAGUACUAAACCCCUUGUUAUAGUUCGAGAUCGGUCUCGGCCGCUUGCCCAAUGCCUGAUGGCAUUGCUCCCUCCAUUCAAUUUCAUUACGCUCCACUACGCUUACUUUCUCGUAACGCCAUUGAUAUGCAGCGCUAUAUUUUGGGGGGCUGCAACUCCAUCUCGCAGCGUCGCAUACGUCGACGCGUUGUUCAUGUGCGUUAGUGCUAUGACAGGAGCUGGACUAAACACUGUGGAUCUAUCUUCUUUAAACUCUUUUCAACAAAGCAUUCUUUUUGUGCUUCUUUUUCUCGGACAUGCUAUCCUUAUAUCGAGCACUGUCCUUUUCGUCAGGAAGAGGGCUUUUGAAUUAAAGUUCAAAGGCAUCUCAAACGAACGAGCACAAAAAAGUCGAUUGAAUCAACUGUCAUCUUUGAAUCGCCCGUCCGACGGAGCCAAUGACCCAGUUGACAUUGAGCCAGGCCAGCAGUUGUCGGUUUUGAAAUCUAACGGCACCCAACCUCUUGCAACGGUAGCUGCCGCUCCGGUAGAGACUUCGGUCAUCCCGGAAAAUGAUGAUCGCAUUCGCUGGAUGGAUGAUGAUCAGACCACGAUUGGCCACAUGCGACCACGCUCACACCACCAUUCCCAUCGGGUCUUUCCAAUGGUGGGUGUCGGGGCUCGGCCUGACUUGAAUAACCACCCAAGAGAUGUCCCUCCAAGUCUGUCUCUGCCCAAAGAGGCCGAAGAGGAUGAUAUAUCCCGCUUCAAGGGCAUGCUGCAAGGAACGCAGAAAUAUUUUGCGUCCAAAGGCCUUAUCUCUCGGAACUCUCAGUUCCAUGGUCUUUCUCCCGAAGAGCGGGAGAAACUCGGCGGGGUCGAAUAUCGAGCUGUUUCCUUCUUGUCACUUAUCGUUCUACUUUACUGGUUGAUGUUCAUGCUUUUUGGCAUCAUCGGAAUGGGAGGCUGGCUGGAGGCAAACCAUCCGGACAUUGCCCGAGAAAACGGCUUGUCGCCUUUCUGGACCGGGGCUUUCUUCGCCGUAUCUGCGUUUGUUAACAGUGGAAUGUCUCUUUUGGAUGCGAACAUGACCGCAUUACAAACAAGCGCCUACCCGCUUAUCACGAUGGGUAUGCUGAUUCUGGCCGGCAAUACACUCUAUCCCUGUUUCCUGAGAUUCAUUAUCUGGACCAUGAGGCGGUUGAUUCCGAACCGACCAGAUUGGGAGGCAUGGAAGGUUACUUUAGACUUCAUUCUGGAUCACCCCAGAAGAGUAUACACAAAUCUUUUUCCUGCUCGGCACACGUGGUAUCUGUUGGGAACUAUCAUUUUCUUGAACGGCAUCGAUUGGGCUGGCUUUGAAUUGCUUGCGAUUGGUAAUAAGGAGAUUGAGGAAUUACCAACGGGCUAUCGGAUUUUGGAUGGUUUAUUCCAAGCUUUGGCUGUGCGUGCGGGAGGUUUUUAUGUCGUCACUAUUGCCGACCUUCGUCAGGGGUUGCUUGUUUUAUAUGUCAUCCAGUAUGUCUCGGCAUAUCCCGUACUGGUGACCAUAAGAAACACAAACGUAUACGAAGAACGAUCACUAGGAGUUUACGCCCAUGAUGAGCCGCACGAAGUUUCCGAUUCUCGGACUUACUCAAGCGUACUCAUUGAUCUAGUCAGACAUCGCCUACUUGGUCGAGAGGGCGCUUCUCCCAAAGAAGCAUCCCGAAGCUACUUCGUUCACCAGCAGCUGCGGUCUCAACUCAGCCAUGAUAUCUGGUGGAUCGCCCUUGCAGUGCUCUUUAUUGCCAUUGCAGAAUCAUCCAACUUUAGGCGCGACCCCGUGGGGUACUCGACUUUCAAUAUUCUUUUUGAGACCGUCACCGCUUACGGCUGUGUUGGUGUCAGUGUUGGCUAUCCAGGAACCAAUUCUUCUUUUGUUGGCGCGUGCCAUCCUAUAAGCAAGCUGAUCCUCGCGGCUGUCACCAUUCGCGGUCGCCAUAGGGGUCUUCCCGUUGCUAUUGACCGGGCGAUCAUGCUGCCCAAUGAGAACCUCGCGUGGGCUGAAGAGGAAGACGCUGCUCUCCGACGUGAACAAUCACGUACUUGGGGUAUGGAGAAGAUGCCAGUGGGCGCGGUCUAA